ACCAGGCGACACGUCAGUAAAUACACCCCAGACGUCAUCAGCGUGCGACUAGCUUCCUGUGACAGGAAAGAAGAAGGAAAGAUGGCUGCAAGGUUACUGCUCCGCUCGGCUGUUAGAGCCGCGACAACCUGCCGGGCGGCCCCGGUCCCGGCUCUGACCCGCGGCAUGGCGGCUGGAGGGAUCCCCACUGACGAGGAGCAGGCCACCGGCCUGGAGAAAGCCAUCAUGAAGGCCAUGAAGGAGGGAGCGGACCCCUACAGCAUGAUGAAGCCUAAAGAGUACGCUGGCUCCAAGGCCGAUCCUCACCUCGUUCCCUCCAUCACCAACAAGAGGAUUGUGGGAUGCGUCUGUGAAGAGGACAACACGGCCGUGGUUUGGUUCUGGCUCCACCAGGGCGAUGCCCAGCGCUGCCCGUCCUGUGGCUCCCACUACAAACUGGUGGCCCACCAACUCCCCCACUAACUCCCACACACCUCUGUUACUAGACACAUAUGUCACUAGAGACGUAUGUUACUAGAGACGUAUGUUGUUAUAUAGACAUGUAUCACGCAGCUGAAAUAUUCCUCUUAGCUUCAGAACGGGGAGAAGAAAGAUCAGACAGUCUCCAGGAAGUUUAUUUAUCCUGGAAACAUUUUUUCCUGGAGUUGUGAGCCGUCGUCUGAUUGGUCUCUGACUCGUUCUGUGUAGAAAUGUUCCGAUACCAUUCUUUCCUUCCCGAUACGGCCGAUACCGAGCACCGAUGUGAUAACCACUGUGUCAUAUUUUAUGUUUUAACAGCUGUAUGCUA